CACGGUGGUGUUGACUGUCUCGAGUCUGUGUUGACAUUUCUAAGGCGGCCGGGCCGAGGAGGCUUCCGACCUCCGAAAUCCCACUCCCAACGCCGGAGGGAGGAGAUGGCCGUGCCGGCGCCCGCGAAGGUGGCGCGCUUGCUCGCGGCCUCCGCGGCGGUGCUCGUGCUGCUGUGGUGUGUCCAUUUCCGCGGUGGGCUCUCGCUCGGCUCCCCCGCCAACAAGGGCCUCAUCUUCAACGUGCAUCCUGUGCUUAUGCUAAUAGGAUUCAUCAUCCUAGGGAGCGAAGCCGUAAUGGGCUACAAAAUAUGGCCAUGGAGUCAUGAUGCAAACAAGAUGGUUCACAUGCUUCUUCAUGCUGUUGCACUCUUCCUGGGUUCUGUUGGGAUAUAUGCUGCCUUCAAGUUCCACAAUGAAAGUGGAAUUGAUAAUCUCUACAGCUUGCAUUCGUGGGUUGGACUUGGAACUAUCUGCCUGUACAGUAUACAGUGGCUACUUGGUGUUGCAACCUUCUUCUUCCCUGGUGCUUCACCAACAGUCCGGCGCAGAAUGCUCCCAUGGCACAUUCGUGCUGGGCUUGUUGUCUACAUACUGGCGCUGCUUGCUGCAGAGCUGGGGUUCCUGGAGAAGCUCACCUUCCUUCAGGCUGCCGGCCUUGGCAGGUACAGCUCGGAAGCUCUGCUGGUGAACUUCACAGCUCUUCUGAUCCUACUGCUUGGCGCUUCUGUUGUUCUGUAUGUCACUGCUCCAAUGCACAACGAGCAUACGCAGGGGUAUUCAGCAGUGCACAAGCCCUAAACCACUGAUACAGCCUCAUCUGUUCCGGAUUUCCAGUUGGUGUAUCCUUGUACGAGUAAGAACCAAAUCCAAUCAAAUUUUGUCUGCCCGAAUUAUUGAGACUUGAUAACUAGUUCAGUUUAGUGGCGUGUAAAUGUGCAAUACUGUAAAAUGCAUUUCCCUCUUGACAAUAGGAGGAAUACAAAGAUCUACAGUGAGCUAUUUGGGACUCUGCCUGUUAAAUUC